AGGCGCGCUGGGUACCCGGCUGUGCAGGGUCUCACCCAGCGUUCGGCGCCGAGGGAGGGGCCCAGGCGCGCGGCGCCGCGAGCUUGGCGGCGUCCACGCUCCAGCCGGACCUCCCGGGGCUGCCACUGCGGAGCCCGACCCGCGAUCCGAAAAAGAGUGCUGUGGGCCUGUCGCCCUGGCCGCCGCCAUGGUGCAGAUGGAGACGCAGCUGCAGAGCAUUUUCGAGGAGGUCGUGAAAACAGAAAUAAUAGAAGAGGCAUUUCCAGGCAUGUUUAUGGAUACACCAGAAGAUGAAAAAACAAAACUUAUAAGCUGCUUGGGAGCUUUCAGACAGUUUUGGGGUAGCCUUUCUCAGGAAUCUCAUGAACAGUGCAUUCAGUGGAUUGUUCGGUUCAUUCAUAGCCAGCAUAGCCCUAAGAGAAUAUCUUUUCUCUAUGACUGCCUAGCAAUGGCAGUGGAAACUGGUCUUCUUCCACCCAGGAUGGUUUGCGAAUCCCUGAUAAACUCUGACACACUUGAAUGGGAAAGAACCCAACUUUGGGCACUGACAUUUAAACUGGUUCGGAAAAUAAUUGGUGGUGUGGAUUAUAAGGGUGUACGAGAUCUCUUAAAAGUGAUUUUGGAGAAAAUCUUAACAAUACCCAAUACAGUGAGUUCUGCUGUGGUACAGCAGCUUCUAGCAGCAAGAGAGGUUAUAGCUUACAUUUUGGAACGAAAUGCCUGUUUACUACCAGCUUAUUUUGCAGUUACAGAGAUCAGAAAAUUAUAUCCUGAGGGAAAACUUCCACACUGGUUAUUAGGCAACCUUGUGUCAGACUUUGUGGAUACCUUCAGGCCCACAGCAAGGAUAAACUCCAUUUGUGGGCGCUGUAGUCUCCUGCCAGUGGUAAAUAACUCUGGUGCCAUUUGUAAUUCCUGGAAAUUGGAUCCUACAACACUUCGUUUUCCUUUGAAAGGCCUUUUACCAUAUGAUAAGGAUCUGUUCGAACCUCAGACUGCUUUGUUGAGAUAUGUGUUGGAGCAACCUUAUUCCAGGGAUAUGGUCUGCAAUAUGCUAGGUUUAAAUAAGCAGACCUUGAACAUUGCUCAGCACAAACAGCGCUGCCCAGUGCUGGAGGACCAGUUGGUGGAUCUGGUGGUUUAUGCCAUGGAACGCUCAGAGACUGAGGAGAAAUUUGAUGAUGGGGGAACCAGUCAGCUUCUGUGGCAGCACCUCUCAAGCCAGCUUAUUUUUUUUGUACUUUUCCAGUUUGCAAGUUUUCCUCAUAUGGUCUUAUCUCUCCAUCAAAAGUUAGCAGGACGAGGUCUUAUUAAAGGCAGAGACCACCUAAUGUGGGUACUGCUACAGUUCAUUUCUGGAAGUAUCCAGAAAAAUGCAUUAGCUGAUUUUCUCCCUGUGAUGAAACUCUUUGAUCUUCUUUAUCCAGAAAAAGAAUGUAUUCCUGUACCAGAUAUUAACAAACCUCAAUCAACACAUGCCUUUGCAAUGACAUGUAUUUGGAUACAUCUAAAUAGAAAGGCCCAAAAUGACAACUCCAAACUACAGAUUCCUAUACCUCACUCGCUAAAACUUCACCAUGAGUUUUUGCAACAAAGUCUUCGAAAUAAAAAUUUACAGAUGAAUGACUAUAAGAUUGCAUUAUUGUGUAAUGCAUACUCUACAAAUUCAGAAUGUUUCACAUUACCUAUGGGAGUUCUAGUAGAGACCAUUUAUGGUAAUGGAAAUAUGAGAAUCUCUCUCCCUGGAAUUAAUUGCAUGGCUUCAGGAUCCAUCACUCCCUUACCAAUGAACCUGUUGGAUUCUCUUACAGUGCAUGCCAAAAUGAGCUUGAUUCACAGUAUCGCUACCAGAGUAAUAAAACUGGCACACGCAAAAUCCAGCGUGGCAUUGGCUCCAGCCUUAGUGGAAACCUACAGUCGUUUACUGGUUUAUAUGGAAAUAGAAUCCUUGGGCAUCAAAGGAUUUAUUAGUCAACUCUUGCCUACUGUUUUCAAGUCUCAUGCUUGGGGAAUUUUACACACACUCUUAGAGAUGUUCAGCUACCGUAUGCACCAUAUCCAACCUCAUUACCGAGUUCAACUGCUAAGCCAUCUUCACUCUCUGGCUGCUGUUCCUCAAACCAAUCAAAAUCAGCUCCAUCUCUGUGUUGAGAGCACUGCCCUAAGGCUCAUAACAGCACUUGGCAGCUCUGAAGUGCAACCACAGUUUACUCGUUUCCUUAGUGACCCCAAAACUGUCCUUUCUGCAGAAUCAGAAGAACUCAACCGGGCCCUAAUUUUGACCUUAGCCAGAGCAACCCAUGUGACAGAUUUUUUUACAGGCUCAGAUUCAAUUCAGGGAACUUGGUGCAAGGAUAUACUUCAGACUAUCAUGAGUUUUACACCUCACAAUUGGGCUUCUCAUACUCUCAGCUGCUUUCCAGCUCCUCUGCAGGCAUUCUUCCAGCAAAAUAAUGUACCUCAAGAAAGUCGUUUUAACCUGAAAAAGAAUGUAGAGGAGGAAUACAGGAAGUGGAAAUCUAUGUCCAAUGAAAAUGACAUUAUUACUCACUUCUCUAUGCAAGGUUCUCCUCCCCUCUUCCUUUGUCUUCUUUGGAAGAUGCUCUUAGAAACAGAUCACAUUAAUCAAAUUGGCUACAGAGUACUAGAGAGAAUUGGGGCCAGAGCCUUGGUAGCUCAUGUCAGAACAUUUGCUGAUUUCCUAGUAUAUGAAUUCUCCACAUCAGCUGGAGGUCAACAACUCAACAAAUGCAUUGAGAUUCUCAAUGAUAUGGUAUGGAAGUACAACAUUGUUACACUGGAUCGAUUAAUUCUUUGUCUGGCUAUGCGUAGUCAUGAAGGAAAUGAAGCUCAGGUUUGUUAUUUCAUAAUUCAGUUGCUAUUGCUGAAGCCAAAUGAUUUUAGAAAUCGAGUAAGUGAUUUUGUGAAGGAGAACUCUCCAGAGCACUGGCUGCAGAAUGACUGGCAUACCAAGCAUAUGAAUUAUCACAAGAAAUAUCCUGAGAAGCUGUAUUUUGAGGGCCUAGCAGAGCAGGUCAAUCCUCCUGUGCAGAUCCAGCUCCCCUAUCUUCCAAUCUACUUUGGAAAUGUGUGUCUCCGAUUCCUGCCAGUAUUUGAUAUAGUAAUCCACAGAUUUUUGGAAUUGCUGCCAGUGUCCAAAUCACUGGAGACUCUUCUGGAUCACUUGGGAGGUUUAUACAAGUUUCAUGACCGUCCAGUAACUUAUUUGUAUAAUACUCUGCAUUACUAUGAGAGGCACCUGAGAGAGCGCCCAACCCUAAAAAGGAAGCUUGUCCAUGCUAUCAUUGGCUCACUAAAAGAUAAUCGGCCACAGGGCUGGUGUCUAAGUGACACAUAUCUCAAAAACGCUAUGAAUGCAAGAGAAGAAAACCCUUGGAUCCCAGAUGACUCUUAUUAUUGCAGACUAAUUGGAAGACUAGUAGAUACUAUGGCUGGCAAAUCUCCCGGUCCAUUUCCAAACUGUGACUGGAGAUUCAAUGAAUUUCCCAAUCCGGCUGCCCAUGCUCUUCAUGUUACCUGUGUGGAGCUCAUGGCUUUGUCUGUUCCAGGAACAGAUGUUGGAAAUGCCCUUCUAAAUGUUGUCCUGAAGAGUCAGCCUUUAGUACAAAGAGAGAACAUUACUGCCUGGAUGAAUGCAAUUGGAUUGAUCAUUACUGCCUUGCCAGAGCCAUAUUGGAUUGUUCUUCAUGAUCGAAUUGUGAGUGUUAUUAACAGCCCAAGCUUCAUCUCUGAGACUGAAUGGGUUGGAUACCCAUUUCAACUUUUUGACUUUACUGCUUGUCACCAGUCCUAUUCUGUGAUGAGCUGCAGCUACACUCUGGCUUUGGCACAUGCUGUGUGGCAUCAUUCUAGCAUUGGACAACUUUCUCUCAUCCCCAAGUUUCUCACUGAAGCACUCCUUCCCAUAAUAAAGACUGAAUUUCAAUUACUUUAUGUGUACCAUCUUGUAGGGCCUUUUUUACAAAGAUUUCAGCAAGAGAGAACUCGGUGCAUGAUAGAGAUUGGAGUGGCAUUUUAUGAUAUGCUUUUGAAUGUGGACCAGUGUAGCACCCACUUACACUACAUGGAUCCCAUUUGUGACUUCUUAUAUCAUAUGAAAUAUAUGUUUACUGGUGACAGUGUGAAAGAUCAGGUAGAGAAAAUUAUCUGCAACUUAAGACCAGCUUUAAAACUUAGACUGCGAUUUAUAACACAUAUCAGCAAAAUGGAACCAGCUGCGGUGCCUCCACAAACUAUAAACAGUGGGUCCCCGGCUCCUCCGCCCACUCAGGUGACAGUCAAUGUGGCUUUGCCAGUAACUCAGUAAGACCACUGGUCCUGUGGUGAAAAUUGGAACACUAAUUACUUUGGAAAUAGCAAGAAAAACCCAGUUGAUCUGAAUACUUUUUGCUGCAUAACAUCAUACUAGAAGAGGAUAAUCAAACUAAUUUUUAAUUCAUAUGGUGGAUCUGCAAAAAUAUCUGUCAUUAUUACCUCCCUAUCUGGAUUUAUCUCAAGAGAACAGAGGAGAAAUUGUUGCACACCAUCCAGAAGAAUUUAUCAGUGGCACUGUAGGACGUAGUGGUGGUAAUGAUCAGUUAAAUUUUAUUUAUUAGGCUCAAGUCUUCCGUUAUUAGUUGAAUAUUUUAAUUUUAAUUUUCAGUAACAUAUUCAGAGUUACUGGAUUAUCUUAAGUGUAACCCAACAGCAAAACACUUCAUUUUAGAUCAAGUGAGAUAAAUAUUUCUAAAGCACUUAGCACAGUGCCUGGCACAUUAGUGGGCACUGUAUACUUAUUCCUUUCUCCUUAGUUCUCUUAUUCUAAGCCAGUUUAAUUGGUAAUAAUAUAACCUUUUCUCACUAAAUGUAUUUGGUAAGGAAGAGUAACAGAGUUUUUUAUUCUUAUUUUUUAAAAAGGAUCAUUGUAAAUUCCAUUUGCAUAUUUUAUUAUCCAUUAAAGAAGAUACAUUGGCAAUAAUUUUAUUUAUCCAUGGACCUGAGGUUAUUCUAUGAGUGAUCAGAAGGCAUCAAAGAGAAUAAAACCUAAUAGGUUCAUGGGCCCUAUAAAGAAAAUCAUGUUUCAAAGAAGAAUAAUCAAUGCUUUUUAAGUUUCAAGGUUAGCCUCAAGUCAAGGUUGAUCUAUGCAACUAGAUAACGGUGUGAUUCUACUGUUUAGUCUUAAUUGAAUUUUUAUUAUAUUGAAACCUUUAUAUUUGUAUAAUAAAAAUUUUGUGGGAUUUUGUGCUGUAUACAGUUUAACUUUAACAUGCAAACAAUGGAACCAAUACCUGUAAGAAGUGUAAAAUAUUGUUUAAUUAAAGAAGUUUAUUAAUAAUUGGUGAUUUGAAUUUACUUCUCAGUACAGUGACUAAAUUUGAAAGAGCCAUUGGUGAUACAUAACCUAGUACCCUAAAAAGAUAUUCUUGUACCUAUAAUGUAUUAUAUAAGAUCUCAAUUUCCCCCCGGGGGUUUUUAUAUAAUAAUAAUACUAGCAUAUAUUACAUUUUAAGACUUAUAAUUUUUUUCCUUCACAAUCUUGUUAAGCAGGGAAUACAAGAAUUAUUCUCAUUUCACAGGAAAGUGACAAUCUGACUUGCCCAAGGCCAUAUAAGUUAGUUAAUAUUGGUGCCAGAAUUUGAACUUGAAUCUCUUCACAAGUCCAGAACUUUUUCUACUACCCCAUUCUACCUUUAAUAAACAGAUUUUUAUAGUGAAAUGAUAAGUUGGUUAAUAUAUCCACAGGCUUAGGAUCCCAGGACUUUAUCCUUCAAAACACCAUAACCCUCAAAUGUUGACGUGUUCGUGUGAAAUAAUCAAAGUGUUUGGUAUUUACAUCACAGAAUGUAGACUUUUUUUUUUUUGUCUAAAAUAUCUUUCUUAGAAAAUCGCUAAUUUGUCUUUAACCCCCUAGAAGUGUUAAGGAAUCUAUUAAUCUUUCUUUGAAAAAAAAAAAAGGCCUUCAAUAUUUUCAGUUCAUAAAUACUAAUAUUUUGAUGAAAGGUGAUAUUUUACUAUGCUUAUGAUAAAGGUGAUAUGAUAUGGUCCUUUGUGUCAUAGUCAAUGAGAAGAAUAAAGACAAAAUGAAAAUGGUAA